AUGGAGCAUCUCAACCAACGUCCAGACAAAUAUGAGCCAGAUAUCGAAGACCCUAUUGACUCUGAAAGUCAUGAAUCUGACGACCCAAUUGAAGAAAUCAAUUCUCUCGAGCUUACUCGGAUCAACACCUAUCGACUGCAACAAAAGACAACCGUAGGCUCUACAAGAGGGCCUACUCCCCGAGACAGAUGGCUUCCUAUGGGUGCCAACAAGGAUCAUCCACCUCUGCUCCCAGAUUCUGAAGACUAUGUCGUGGAGUUUGAUGGAGCGAAUGAUCCUUUGCAUCCAUAUAAUUGGUCUACACCUAGGCGAAUAAUGCUAGUUUGUAUCCUAUGCUAUGGUACCUUCGCUGGAUCAUUUACCAGCGCUGUCUUCUCAGCCGCAAUCUCUGGCUUCAGCAAGGAGUUCAACACAAGCACCGAAAUUGGCUCACUUGGCGUAACACUCUACGUCCUCGGAUUUGCAGCGGGACCAACAAUUUGGGCACCAGGAUCAGAGCUGAUCGGGAGACGUUGGCCACUCUCUCUCGGACUUUUCGGAUGUGCCAUCUUCACCAUAGCAUGUGCAGUUGCUAAAGAUAUUCAGACCGUGAUGAUCUGUCGGUUCUUUGCUGGCCUGUUUUCCGCAAGUCCGAUUUCAGUCGUUCCCGCGGUAUUUGCAGACUUGUUCAACAAUACACAGCGAGGUGUCGUCAUGUCGAUUUUCUGCAUGGCGGUGUUCAUCGGGCCCUUUUCCGCACCGUUUGUGGGUGGCUUCAUUGCAAUGAGCUCUCUGGGUUGGCGGUGGACGAUGUACAUCUCCGCAAUCAUGGUGUUCCUAGGGUUUGUCUUAGUCUUUGCCUUUCUUGAAGAGACAUAUGCUCCAGUCAUCCUUGUCCGCAAGGCUGCUACCCUACGCCGACAGACUCGCAAUUGGGGCAUCCAUGCAAAGCAAGAUGAAGUGGAAGUGGAUUUGACGGAGCUUCUGCGGAACAACUUUGCCCGACCGAUUGUGAUGUUGAUCACGGAGCCCAUCCUGCUUCUGGUCUCAUUGUAUAUCUCUUUCGUCUAUGGCCUCAUCUAUGCUCUGUUGGGCGCUUACCCUGUUGUCUUCCACGGCGUCUACGGAAUGAGCCCGGGUGUCGGUGGACUUGCCUUUAUCGGCAUCAUCAUUGGUGAACUUCUUGGUGGCGUGUACAUCCUCCUCACACAGGCGUCAUACAAGGCCAAGCUGGCGGCAAAUGGUGAUAAGCCUAUCCCCGAAUGGCGACUCCCGGCAGCGAUUAUAGGAGCUGUAUCGUUUGCAGGAGGGAUGUUUUGGUUUGGCUGGACCGGAUACACUUCAUCCAUUCACUGGAUGGCCCCUGUAUCUUCCGGGCUCCUCACCGGAGUGGGGAUCUUUUUGAUCUUCCUGCAGUGCUUCAACUACAUUGUUGACUGCUAUCCUACGUUAGCUGCAUCCACUAUUGCCGCGAACACGAUUUUGCGCUCAGCUAUUGGCUGCUCGUUCCCGCUUUUCUCCCGGCAAAUGAUGGAAAACCUAGGUGUGCAAUGGGCAGGAACACUGCUUGGUUGUCUCGCAAUUUUGAUGAUUCCCAUUCCUGUUCUGUUCAAGGCAUACGGCCCAUGGCUGAGAGAGAGAAGUAAACUGGCAUGCUCGCCAGUUUAUGAUGUUGAAAAGAAACGUUAUGAUGUCUGA